AUGUUCACAAACAUAAAACUCGACGAAAACCCCGAAGCGGGAACCGGGAGCAGACAAAACUUGAAAACGAGAAGUCGUCACUACCUUCGAGCUGCCAAUCUUGCUCAGAAACCAGCACCCACUGCAGAAGAACCGUUGGAACCGCCUCCGAAAGAGGCUCAAGAGGUUCCGAAAGAGCUGAUCGAGGUCCCGCCGAAAAGCAACAGCCAUUGGGAGUCUGUCAGAGCCAAGGCACCGCAGGCCGUUGCCAAAGCCAGAUUCGUCAGUUUUUUAUUCUGAAAGAAGGUUUAUCAAAUAAUAAAAUUUUAAUAAGCGUUUUAAAAAUGGUGCAAAUAACUCUUUUUUUUUGCUCUAGAGAGGGCAUUCGGCAAAAAUCUUCAGUAAAACGUUUGAUUUCAAAUUUUUUUUUUCCUUUCAGUUUUAAGUUUAGGAUGGGAUUAUGUUUUCGAUUUGAAAAGAAAAGGCAAGUUCAAAGAGAAAAAUCAUGCAACUUUUGAUUUAUCAAUUAUUGCGCGUAUGGGUGUUAGAUUGCGUCGAUCUGCAAACCGGCGCAUUUUAAUUUUAAAAAUUUCGAAUCAAUUUUUUUUUCAAAUUUAGCGUUCUCUGGAGCAUGGUGGUUUGAGGUUUGUAUUAUUUUAUCAAAUGGUCUAUAUUUUGCCACGAAAGGUUGAAAAAUAAAGAGAUGCAAACUUUUUUUCUUGCUUUGAGGGUUUCAUCGCAUUUUCUACACUAUAAGGUAACUGGAAGCUUUCAAAUAAGCUUAUAGUUUUGUUAAUUGCGGGGACUUUAUAUUUAUAAGUAUAAAACUAUUGAAAAUUUGUUCAAAACUAAAGAAAAACGAGAAAAAAAGUUCCAUUAAUGAAAAUUUCAAAACUUCGUAAAAAAAAACCGAUUUUCAUUUAGGACGAUUUUCGCGCGAACCCUGUCGUUCUGGACUCGAACAAAGGCGAACCACCGCCAGAAGGACGACGAAAUGCCGUUCUCAUGAUGAAGAGCAGCUUCGGAGACGUUGUCAAAACGGCAAUGGUUAAAAAAAAAGAUGAUUGGAAAAAAGUCGAAAGAAGCGACCUCAUUUCGUAAUUUAGAAUAAAAGCCGAAGCUUCCGCUUUAGAAAUAUGAAAAAAUUCAGGUUCCUAUGAGAACGAUAACGCAUGAAUAAAUUCUUGUUAAGAAAUCCAAUAAACAACUUUUUUCCAACGAAGUAUUUUUCAAUAAAGGCGCGCGUGAAGAAGAGUUGAGCCGGGAAAGAAAAGUGAAAAACGGCGGAUAAUCAAGGAGAUGGGCCUGAAUAGGCGCCAGAUUAUCUCCAUGGUUAUCAUCAUCGUUAUCGUCCUCGGGCCUCGCAUGGUUUUCCCGCGCUCUCCUCUUUUUCUGCGCUAUUUUCCUUGUUUUUUUAGCUUCGAAUAGCUUAGAAGUUUCCAGACUAUUUUGUAUAACUAUCACUUAGAAAUUGGGUUUGACAAAAAAAAAAUGAAGAAAUUAAUAAGUUCUUUCUGUUCCUAUUUGAUUGCUUUCCCAGUGCCAGUUUUUACGUAUUUUUUUAAAUUUUGACUUGAAAAAAUCGCUAGGAAUUUCGAUGUUAAAAAGAAAGGAUAAAUUAUUUUAGCACUAUUUUUAUGGUGUUCUCAGUUUUGAAUUUUUCAUAAGAUUUUCAACUUGAUACAAGAAAGGUACAAUGAAAUCAUUGUUACACAAAUUCAGCACCAAUUUUGAAUUUGCCUACUUUUUCCCUUUUUUCUCGCUUUUCUAGUUUUUUUUUGUCAAUUUUACCUCAGAGAACGCUGUCGAAAAACGAAAUAAGUCAUUAUAAACCUGUUUUAAAAAAUAGAUUUUAGUUGGUAAGAAACUGGAUGACUGCCAUGGAGCACGACGAGCACGAAACAGAGCCCUGUAGAAGUUCAACUACGGCAGUUUUUGAACCGGUUUGAUUUCUUUUACUAUUUUUUGUCUCUUAAAUUCAAUAUUUUUCGUUCCUCUUGGUUAUUAAUCACACAUUGAGAAACUCUUUAUAAAAAAUCGGCCAUUGAAUAACAUUGAGAAUUAUGUCUGUAAUCUGGAGCCUCGUAGGACCCUGUGACGGACGAGGCAGCCGGCUUGUCUGAAGACAACGAUCUUUUGCCGGAAAAUCCUACCGGCUGGCGGAUUUUCCUCGAUGUCUUGGAGGACCGGAUAAGGUAACGAUUUUCAGAACUCUCUCCAAAUUUGUCAAAAUUUAAGGAAAAUAAUUUUCUUCUACGUCAGCACCAGUUCAAACUUGCAAUAUUAUUGGACGGCUCUUGUUGCCACCGGCGUUUUUUAUAACACUCUUGCUAUGGUAGUUAUAAUUUUAUUCAUUACCCCAGUUAGGAACGCCAAAGUGGUCCUUAUAGGGUCUAAGGGAAAAAGCAGCCUCUUGAGGGGUGAAAGUUAAUUGGCCAUGUAAGGGUUUAGAGUCUGGCCCUAAAUCUCAAGUGGUCCUUUAAGGAUCUUUAAUUUUUUUUUUCAUUUAGACUUGUAAAUUAAGAAGAAAAAAAUUGAUAUAUUCAUCCUCUGAUGAUAAUUUUAAUCAAAUAACGCUAAUUUAUUGAGCUUUUCGCAUGGAAAUCGAUUAGUAUGUCCCCUAUAGGGACCACUAACCAAAACCCCUAUAGGGAUAGAUAAAGUGGUCUCUAGAGGAGGACCUUCAAGGACCUUUGAUUUUGCUCCAUAUAGGGUCCACUCGGGAGUUCCUUAGGAUUCACCAUCAUUUGAAACAGUCUGACUUGUCUGCGCUCUCUUUCUUUCUUUUCUCUGAAUAUGGAGGUCAAAGAACGUUGUUGAGGCAUCAAGAGAGCGCAGACAGGCCAGAUUUUUUCAAUUUAUCUUUUAAAAUGUGAUUUUUGAAUAAAAUCCUCUAGGUGAUAUUCAUUUUUGACGACGUUUUCAAUGGUUAUUUCGGCAUUUGGCUCUGGUUCAACUCUGUAUUUGAUGCGAUUUUCGUCAUCGAUAUUUUAGUCCAAGCAAGAACUAGUAAGGACAUUCCAGUAUAAAUUGAGAAAAUUGGAAAAGUUCCAGCUUUCUUGUUCGACGGAUCUGAAGUCAAGAAUACAGUGAAGAUGUGGAAAAACUACGUCGAGAGGUUGUUUUUUCGCUGUUUUCUGUGGUUUUCUUUAUGAAUAUGAUCGAUGGCUGGCUGUAAAAAUUUAGUAAAAACUCGGUUUUUUUGAAUAAAUUUGUGAAGUUUCUGAUUAGAGUUCACAACAAAUUUCUUCUUUGUCCUGACGUUUUUUAAAUUUGAUUUUUUUCGAAAAUUACUACUUAUGCGAAAAAAUUUCUGGAUUUAUUUCAAGUGCUUUUCAAGCGAUUUUAAAUACUUUCGCUUCAAGACCCACGACUUCGAGUAUUAGAGUCGAAAUUGAAAAAGCUAAACAAUUUUUGAACUGACUAUAGCUGAUUCACGGCUGUCGUGAGCUAUCGAAAGAAGGGUCCUGAUACGAACAGAAAAGAGAUAGUAUCUGUUCAAAGGAGAGCGCAGACAGGCCACGCCCCUUUGAGCACCAAGCUAGCCACGAAUCAGCUAAAUAAAAUGAACAAGUGAAUUACUAAAUUUUAUAAAGAUCAAUGAAAAUUGUAAGAGUUUUUUGCAGCUCAAGAAUCUUCCCAGACUUACUAGCCUUGGCUCCUUUAGAUUUAUUACUUCUGAUAAAUCCGACCAUUUCUAUGUGCCGAUCCGUCCGACUUUUCAAAGGUAUCGGUAAAUCAAAUUUCACAAAUGGGCUUUUUUCCAGCUUAUCGUGUCCUGGACUUUGUUGAGACCACUCAAAAAAGGACCGUUUUCCCUCACGCGACGAAAAUCGCCUUUCUAAUGACGGCUUGCUAUAUUUUGUUCCAUUGGAAUGCUUGCGUCUAUUUUCUCUUUUCCUUGUUUGAAGGAUUGUCAGGUUUUUGAAAUUUCUUAAUUUUUUCUGAUCUAAAAAAGUCUAGAAGACGACACGAGCGCCUUCGGAUUCUCUUACUACAAAGUUUUCGAUCCUCGUUUUCCACUUUGCACGGUUUAUCCUUUUUGCAAUUCUGAAAGAAUCUCUAAAUUUCAGCCUUUUCAUGAUGACGACUGUUGGUACGACGAAAACACGAGCGUUUUGGAUUUGGACGACGAAAGACCGAAGUAUAUGCAGGAAAUGUUCGAGUACUGGAAUGUUAGGGGGUGAGAUAAAAAUGGGCUUCUAAAAACUGUUUUUUUUAUGUUGCAACACUAAUUUGAACAAGGCAUAAAAAAUCCCAAGAAUAGUACUUUUUCACUAUUUUCGAUUAAUCUGAGAUCAGAGUGACCUUGUUAGGGUGUAUUUGAAGCGAAAAACUGUGGCUUGGAAAUUUUUCUUUUCAAGGUCCCAUUUUAAAUUAAAUUAUCUUGAGUCUGGAAUAUAUUACUUAAAAAGGGAGAUGUAACAUUUGAUGAAUUUCUUGAGCUCAGAAAUAUUAAAUUUUUGUCAAGUCUUUCAGGUUCACAAAGUUUGUGAUGGGAAACUUUUCGCGAGAGUACAGCAUGUCCAUCUAUUGGUCCUCACUCACCAUCACAACUUGCGGUCAACAAGUAAGUCAAUUUACUGUUUCAAGACUUUCCCAAAGCUCUUUUCGAAAUACAUUGUUCAGUUCGGCGAGAAUACAAGGUGCUGUUUGUGAACUGGGCCGCUCGAGGAAAACUCGAAAAGCGGUCAUUUUUUUUCUGUUUUUUCACGACCGGUUUUCUAAAUUUUUACUCAUUUUCAACUUUGCGCGUCGAGUCGCCCCGGAGCGACUGCUUCGAAUUGCAGGGCGCCCCAAAAUUUCAUUUUGCAGCCUUGGCCCUCGACUUCGCCUCAGAAUAUGCUCGAAGUGAUCAAUACGUUGAUCGGCGUUCUCGUGUUCGCUACCAUCAUUGGAAGUGGGGUUUCUUUCUUUUUAUUAUUUUUUCUUGCCCCAAAAUUGGUUAAAACAAAGUCUUGGUUUCAGUGAUACAUAUGAUAGUUGGCAAAAUACUUUCAGCGUGGACGGCGCUAGUCCAAUCUCAAAAAUCAAAAUGUCUUUUUUUUAAAGUUGAAUUGAUUGGCAAAAAGCCGAUUUUUAAAUUUAAAAAAUUAUCGGAAAAAAAGACUUGUGUGUCGCGAGUCAUGCUCAUCACAUGUAUGGUUUCAGCUCUCAAAAAAUUAAAAGAUUAGACUGGUUUAAAUCAGCCUAAUCAUUCCAUAAAGAUAUCGGUUUCGAAACACGCUUAUUAUUUAAUUUCCAGGCGUCGGUAACGUUGUCACCCAAAUGAACCAAAGUGUAUACGAUUUCCGUGAAAAAAUGGACGCCAUCAAGUUUUAUAUGAAAUACAGGUUGGUUUCAACUAAAAAUGUCGAUUUUUAAUGAAAACCUCUGGAUGCACGUAAAAAUCUAUCAGGUAAAAAUUUUUAAUGGCGCUCACUGUACUUUAAAAGAUACCUUAUAAAGGAUCUUUUUAUUAAUUCGAACUCGGAGUUUUUGAAAACGUAAAAAAAAAACUUUAGCAGCUUUUUUUCCAACUCGGACCUUGGUAACCCAAGUCUGACGCGUCCCGGAAGUUUCUGAGAAUUUGAAGUGAUCACUUAAGAAAACUGACGCGGCCAGAGGGGUCACUAAAAUGUUCAAAAACGUCCUGAGCGGGCCCGGUUUGCGUUACAAAGUCCGUGCACUUUCCUCUUCGAAAUCUGAGAAUGGGGCAUCAGAACCUUUCAGAAACGUCCACGCGGCGAUCCAAGAACGCGUUUUGUCCUGCUUCAUGUACUUGAAUACCCACAAUCAGCUCAACGACGAGAAAGUGAUCACUUCCAUUUUGAUUCCCGGCAAAAUUGAAACAUGCCCAGGAAGUUCUCGACGUUCUGCCGACUCGUUUCCAAGGACACAUCGCUGUGAAUCUUCACAUGGAGACCUUGAAAAGGGUUAAGCUUUUUCAGGUAUUUUUUCAAUAUACUUUUUUCAUUUUCUUUUCUGAGAAAAAAAGUUGUUAACAGACUUGCGACGCCGGAUUUCUUUACGAAGUCGUCCAGCUGGUCAAGCAGCAAGUCUAUUCACCAAACGAUUAUUUGUGCAGGAAAGACGAGAAAGCGAAGGUAAGGUAAUUAUAUUUCAAAAGAAUGCAUCUGAAAAUUUGCUUUCAGAUGUAGCUGUAACUUCAUUUCAGACUCUUUUCCCGAUUGAUUCAAAAAAUUGAGAAUUUUAGGCCUUUUUUUGUUGAAUGUUCCAAAAGAGUGUGAAAAAAACAUUUGAGCUCUAAUUUCGGCACUCAUUCAAAAGCUGCGCCCGACCUUGCGCGACUUUCCUUAUAUGCUGUUGAAUGCUACUUCGCGCAAGUAGUUUAUCGUCGGACAUGCUAAACAGUAACCACGACAUUAAGCCAUACUAAAUGCCUUUUUUGACAAAUUUGUUUGCAGGAAAUGUUCAUUGUGAAAAAAGGAACGCUCAGCGUUAUCGAUGACGACACUGGCGUUGAACUCGAGGUGAUUAAACUUUUUUUGGAAUAAUCCCUGAAAAACUAACUAAUCCAGACACUUAACGAGGGUGCAACUUUUGGAGAACUCUCAAUUGUUCGGGUGCGAGGAAAUCUUCUGGGGGAUCGCCGGAGCGUGUCCCUCAGAUCUGUUGGUAAGUCUAUCAAGCCGCAAAAGUCAAAAGUAGGCUCUAUCCCGACAACAUUUUCGAAUCGAUACCUUAAAAAGGAAUAUUUUUUAAAUUGUAAAUGAAGAGGCAUGAAUAGCGUGAGUCUAUACUUAGGACGCGCUAAAAAAAAAUUUCGUUCAAAAAGUUUUUCAAACUUCACGUGUAAGAUUGUAUAAGUAUAGGGUUGUAAGAAUGAAUUUUGCUGAAAAAAAUAUUUAUUCUCGUAAAAAUUACUGAUUUUUCUUAAAAAGAAAAAUUUAGAGAAAUUUAAUUUAUUUAAAAAAAGCCGCAUGUUUCUCACGUUCAGAAAUAUUUCAAUGUUGAAACAUUAGAAAAAUUAGCUAAAUUAAUAGUCUUUUUCUCUUUUUUUCUAUUAUCACAAUUUGCUGUGAAAAAAAUUUCAGCCUGCGAGAAAACAGCAAAAAAGCUUGAGUGAGUUAAAUUAUGACGCAUCAUGUGUCAAAAUCAUUUUUCUCAACUUGAAAAUGUGUUUGAAGGCUACUCUGACGUUUAUGUCUUACAUCAAGACGACGUCACGCGAGUUCUGCGAGAGUAUCAAAAGGACCGAGAAAAUCUCAUUCGCAACGGUUCGAAUUCUCGCCUAUUUUUCAUUCUAGCUGUUAUCAGCACGUCAAAUGCUCCACGAGCGAGGUCUUCUGGAAACUAGUGAAAACGGAGAAAUCGACUACGAUGAUUUUGACGUCGAAGAUGAGACUAUGGUUGGGAAGAGGAAUGAACUGGAAUAAGAAUAUACACAAAAAAAGCGCAGAUUGAACUAUUAUCGGUGGACGAGCAACUGACGAGACUCACCGGUGUCGUCAGGGAGCUAGAAGUGGAGUUGGGCCACAUUUACGACUCUUUCACGGUUUUUGAUUCUAUCCUCAAGUUUUCGCGGUUUCAAACGUCGGGCUGCGGCGUUUACAGCGUGUCGAGAUUCGUUUUUGGCGUCAUUUCAAAAAUUUCCAUUUUUCCCUAUUUUGGGGACAUUAUCUUGAAUCCUUUGAAGGGUAUGUAGAUUGAUUGACUUCAUGAACAAGGACUUGGAAGAAUACAGGAGACGUUAGAGUUUGAAUUGGCGCCAGAAACGCUUCGCGCAGAAACUGAAAUUUCCGAGUUUGAAAUAAGUUUUUGAACAAAAAUCACGUCCCGACGUUUCAAGCCAUGCAAAAUUUUUCCAUUUUAUUGAAAAGCUUCGCAAAAAAAGAUGAUUUUCCAGCACAUGGCCCAGCAUUGGAAACAAAGAGUGACUUCUGUGGAGGAAACUUUCACCUACAAUGAAAGGCGGAUUCGUCGCGACUGUAUCCGCGGAAUUUUGUGAGUUUUUUUUUCACUAGAACAACAAAAUGAAUGUACUAAGUUUUUUUUUCUGAUUUCAAAGAGUUAUCUUUUUUUGAAAUCAACAGUACCCAUCGCUCAAAACUAUGAGAUUUUAAAAAUUUUUGAUCAUUUUAUGAGUUUCAAAUUUUUUGAAAAAUUUCCAAUCGUUGUGUAUGAAAAAUCUAUCUUUUUGAAAUGAUUGAAAAAAAUGACCCAAACGUAGAUUGAGCCUAUACUUAUGACGCGGUGAGAAAGUUAUGAAAAAAAAAGUGGUAUCCUUGUAAUGCCGUGUUCAAAGUAAUUUCGCGAAAUGCAAAAUGAUCUCUGACUCUCCAAAAUUUAGUUAUAUUUAUCUUUCUCUGACGGCUAUUUUGCAUUUCGCGAAAUUACUUUGAACACGGCAUAAUAUCGACUUGAAUAGUCUUUAUAUGAACCAACGUUUUCUAACUUCAGCUUGAUCGAGAAAAAAAACCUUGAUGGGUUUUCGAAAAAUUGAAAAGUGAAAAGAAUAUCUUCAUUUUUGAGAACAAAAAAAAGUUCAGGUGCAUCGCGAAAACUUUGAAAAGAUUUUGAAAAUUGAAAAAAAUCAAGCUGUGAAGAAAAUAUUCAUAGGACAAAAAAAAAGACAAAAUCUUUGGUUGCUCAUACUUUUUGCCUGAUUGAAAAAAUUGAAGGAUAAAUGAUUUAAUAAUUUCAGCGACACAAUGACUGUGAGUGCAGACAUACCGAAACUACAACUGGAAAAUCUUGCCGGGGCUUGA